UCGACGCUCUCGCCCAUCUUCUCUCCUCUAAUGCAGAUUCGGCACAACACGAAGGGCCAGGAGUACCAGCCGUCCCAGAGGAAGCGCAAGCGCAAGCACGGCUUCCUCUCUCGCAAGGCCACAGUCAACGGGCGCAAGAUGCUCGCACGGAGACGGGCGAAGGGCAGGCUGUUCCUCUCGCAUUAA